AUGCGUCAGUUGGAAGAGGAGUGCUCAGGGAAGUCUCCAAUGGCUCCUCAGUACGCACCAAGUCUGCGCUCACGUCUGGCACCUUUGCUGAUUUUUCUGCAGACAGGAUUCAUUGUCAUAUAUGCCUUUUACGUUGAGAUCGAAAGCAAUGCAAAAGCAAAUGGGAUUACCUUCAGCAACCUUUACCCAGAGUUCCAGGAUGUGAAUGUGAUGGUGAUUCUAGGUUUCGGCUUCUUGUGCACUUAUCUAGUGCGGUAUGGUUUUAGUGGCUCUGGGUUCAACCUCCUGGUGGCUGUCAUGGCAACCCAAUGGGCUAUCAUACUCAAUGGAACAGAGUCGUGGUAUUACAAAGGAAAGAUCAGGAUAGAUUUGAGAAGCUUAGUGGUUGCUGAGAUGUGCACAGCCUCUGCCCUCAUUUCAAUCGGAGCCAUGCAGGGGAAGACCAACCCUGUCCACCUCAUCCUCAUGGCCCUGCUGGAAGUGUCAGGGUUUGUCCUGAAUCAAUGGCUCCUCCAGACUCUACUGAAGGUCCAACCUCUGAACAGCAUCAUGCUGCUUCACAUCUUUGGGGCCUUCUUUGGACUCAUGACGUCCUGGAUCCUGUAUCGGAAAGGGUGCGAGCAGCAAUUUGAAAAAGAGAAAUUUGACCGCAAAACAGGAUUAUUCGCCGUAUUGGGGACUUUGUUUCUCUGGAUGUUUUGGCCCAGUUUUAAUUCAGUUCUCGUGGACAGCCGUACUCCUGGGAGGAAGCUGGGCGCCGUGUGCAGCACCUACCUGGCCCUGGCUGUCAGCGCUGUAACAGCAGCUGCUGUUUCUGUGCUCUCCAGCCCCAAGGGAAAACUCAACCCGAUCCAUAUGCAGUCAUGCAUCCUCGCUGGUGGUGUUGCUGUUGGGGUUUCCAUGUCAGUGGUUCGUCAGCCAUGGGAAGCCAUGACGAUCGGAUUCACCGCUGCUGUUGUGUCAACCAUCGGAUUGCGAUAUCUCAAGAUCCACAUGCUGCGUGCAUUCGAGUGCCAUGACACCUGCGCUGUCCUGAGCACACAUGGGCUCCCUGGUCUACUGGGAUGGGUGGCACAUCUCCUCCUACAGAUUAAAGACUGUGAUGAUCACACAACGGCAAUCCGGUUUGCUGUAUUUCACAUUUGCACUCUCUUCAUCACCAUCGCUCUGAGUCUGUCCAUGGGAAUCAUUACAGGGCUCCUACUCAAGUGGAACUUCUGGCGACCGCCCCAAGACAAGAAAUGUUUUGAUGAUCAGGCUUUCUGGGAGUUUCCCCAUCUCGCAGUGCGCAAAUAAGAAGACGGAGAAAGAAGGAGACCAAGUGAGAUCCUGGAAGUACAAACUAUUUUUGGUGUUCAUUCAUGUCAAUAUAUAUAAUUUCUUACAAAUUUUCUUACUUUCAUGCAAAGUAGUUAUUAGACAUUUUGUGUGUGCACAACUGGAAUAAAUUAUUUUUUAAAAAUC